AUGGCUCCAACAAAAGUAGAUCAAGGUACUAUCAUAAUUUUUGACAUUGGAAAAAACGUUUCAAUAUUAGAAGACAAAAAUCAGAAAACUUUUUUUGAAAGUGCAAGAGAAUGCGCCGUUCGUAUUAUAGAAAGAAAAAUUUUAAGUCAAGGAAAAAAUUUGCUGGGCAUAAUACUACUCGGAUCCAAAGUAACCAAAAAUAAUCUGGCUGAUCAAACGCCGGGUUGUUGUCGAAAUAUUGAAACUUUAUCGGAACUGCAGUAUCCCACAUGGAAAAUGAUACGAGACUUACCUAAACAACCGACAAAAUCGACUGGCAAUUGGUUGGAUGCGCUUUUAGUAGCGGUGGAUCUAUUUAAAAGUGAUACAUCAAGUUUUAAAAUUGCUGAUAAAAAUAUUAUUCUGUUAACCAACUUUGAAGCACAGUCAGACUUAGAAGAAAAUGAUAUUGAGACGGCCAUUACAGGGUUUCAAGAAGAUGGCUUUGAAUUAGAUGUGAUUGGUCCAGAGUUAUACGAUGAAGACAACAAAAACUCUGAUAUAGAUCUAGCGAGACAAUUUGUUGAAGGAACAAAUGGUAGCACCGCCACUUUUGAAUACGCCAUGAGGUAUUUACUAUUCCACAAAAAGAAAACCAUUAAUUCAAGUCCUUGGAUGGAUGUCGAUUUAAGUAUUGGACCAAACAUUAAAAUACCAGUUUCAGCUUACAUCAGAAUAAAAGAUGAACCUGUUGUCAAAAAUUUUAAAAAGUCCGUUAAAAAUCCUGUCACAGAAAAAUCGAGUACAACUGAAUAUAUUGAGAGAAAAAAGACAUUCAUUAACACAGAAGCUCAAAUGGAAGUAGAAUCUACCGAAGUUAUUAAGGGUUAUCAGUAUGGGGAACAGGUUAUACCAUUUUCAGAAUUUGAUAAAAGUAUGAUUUAUGAUGCCGGAAACAAAUCACUCAAUGUGUAUGGCUUUACAAAAUCAAGUAAUGUUACUUGGCAGAAUUUGAACGGAGAUGGAUUAUAUUAUGUUUUUGGUCGAAAAGGGGAUAAAAAGAGUGAAUAUGCCAUAAGGUGUCUCGUAGAAUGUCUUUUAGAGUUGGAUUUAGUGGCUGUUGUUAGAAGAGUGUAUAAUAAUGGGAAUGCUCCAAGAAUGUUUGUAUUAAUGCCCGUCAUUGAUACAGAAAAUUUUGUUGGUCUCUCAAUGGCUGGUAUAUGUUAUAAGGAAGAAAUUAAGAGCAUGGCUUUUCCGGCCACUAAUCUCAAGAAAUAUAAUUGUUCUGAACAACAGGUUGAGGCAUUCAAGGAGCUAAUUAAAGCUAUGGAUCUCACUAAAGCAUAUGACGAAUCAGAUUUUGAUGACACAGAAGCAUUUCCUAUAGCAAAGGUUGUUAGUCCAUUGGUACAAUAUAUUCUUGAUUGUAUAGCUUUCAGAGCAAUGAAUCCUAAUCAGCCUUUGCCACAGCCAAGGGAUGAUAUUAUGGUACUGUUUAAAGUACCACCUCUUAUAGAAAAAAGGGCCAGAGAUCCUAUGGAAAAGUUAAAAGAGCUUUUUGUAUUAAAUAAAGUUGAAGUUAAAAAGCAGAAAAGAAAGACCGUUCCUACAGAUGUUGAUGAAAAACCAAGCACUUCUAGAGAGUCAGAAAUUUCUGAUGAUAUGCCAAAAGUUAAUCUUAACAUUGUUAAAAAACCUGAUAUUGUAAUUGGAACAUUAAAUCCUAUAAAUGAUUACGAAAAGCUUAAAACUGAGGGUCUGACGAUAUGUGAUCUGUACAAACAAAUGAGAGAAGCUAUUGAACAUCUGAUAUACGGCAAUGUUGACGGAGACUUUACCAAAGCAUUAGAUGCAAUGGCCUACUUCAGAUCAGAAUCAUGUAAAACUGAUCCGUCAUAUUAUAAUAAUUGGAUUAAAGAUUUCAAACUCGAUCUUAUAGAUCGGAAGCAGAAUAAAGUUUUGGAUUUGAUAAGUGAGGAAAAUUUGAGCUAUAUACUUAAGAGUGAGAAUAAUUUGAGUAAUUUUGAUUCUAAUUUGGGUGAAGAAAGUCAGUUGUACGAGAAUGACACAGUUCCGACAUUAACUGAAAACAGCAUAAGCACCGAAGUCAACAAUAUGUUUGAUGAUAUGUAA